AUGGCCGCCGUCAACCGCAACAUGUUCGACGCCAGCGUGCGUGCAGAUCAAAUUGGCAACGGAUCAAUGGUUGUGGUAGCUUUGCCGCUGAACCUGGUCGCUCACAUCGUGUCCUACGUUGAGGAGCCCGGCGACCUUGCUCGCAUGUGCCGCACGUGCCGGUUGUUCAACUACAUGGCCCUCCCCCACCUCUAUCGCAAGAUUUCUCUUACCUCGUAUGGUCGAAUCCGGUACCGAAACGAACAGCCCGAGGGAUGGGGCAGUGCCAGUCCCUUCUUGAUGGGACUCGACGUCCUAGUGACCAAGCCUCAGGCCGCUCUCGUGCGCUCCAUGACCCUCCGCGGCGAGUGGAAAGAACACGAUCUAGAAGAGUAUUCGAGAGUCGGACGAGUGCCAGACUCGUCCAUGGUCCUCAAUAUUUCCGUGAGGGCCGCUCUUGACCGCACUGUCAACAUCAGAAGCUUCAACUGGGAUCUGAAUACAAAGUUGCUAGAAACGGUAUAUCUGGGUCUCUCACAGCUAUCCAAACUCACCUCAUUAUCCAUUCGCUUCCCAACAAGUCGACAUCCGCGCCCUAUAUACGUGAUUCCGGCAAUGCCUCAUUUGCGCGCCCUCAGAGUGACCGAUAUUGACCCGCUUUGCUACCCCGACGAUAUUUCCAUUCUUUUAGCAAAAAGCCGCCGCAUUCGAGAAUUGACGAUGCACUGGUCGCCACGGAUGCGAGAAUUCCAGGAGCCUAGUGUUCUUGUUCAUGACUACUUCCGUCAGUGCACCGCUGAGCACUUGCCCAUGAAAUUACGAAAAGUGGCGUUUUACAACUUUUAUGCCCGCCGCACAUUUGACAUGAACUCUGCGUUCGAGGAAGAUUUGAUUGAAGACAUGACUUUUAUCAGCAACUGUGGCGCCCCCGCCGGCACCGAGGAAAGUCCAUACUAUCUGUCGUUUGUCGACCGCACGUGGCAGGUUGCUCCUCAGCCAAACACGAAAUGUUCUUGGAAGAGCAUCAGACAUGACACAUUGACCAAAGAAUUUUGCGAAUUUUUAUCCGCGGUGAAAGGCCUGCAAAGAUUAUAUUUUGUCAACCCCCCUCGAACACCUAGCGAGACAAUGCAGAGCCCGCGGCAGACCGGAGGGCAACUGACGAGUGGUCAGAUGUUUAACGGCGCAAUGGGAACCUCUGCUAUGGCUUCCGUGUCUGGGUUAUCUCGAGGCGAAUCCGCUUCCUCGUCUCCUCGCUCACCUUCUACGAAUCUCAGCCCACAUCUCCAACUUCGCGACUCCUUCUUUAUCCCCAUCAUUACAAGCAAUGGCGCCACUCUGCGCCAUCUUGUCCUUCCUUCUCGAUGGCCGCUGUCAACUUCACUCAUCGCUCGCUUGGUGCGAGCCUGUCCUAAUUUAGAGCAGCUUGCAAUGGCUCCUGAAGUCUCGGCCAUGGAAUCUUUUCAAUUACUUAUCCCGUUUCUGCGCAAGCUUACUGCAAUGCGAAUCCUCAUCGCACCUGGAGAAAGAUCUUCUGGUAUUCAACCCAUGUCUCUACGUGCCAACUCGCCAGCGCCUUUCAUAAGCUUUUCCGACUUGGCCGACCUCGACGAUCGCUUACACCUAGAGAAGAUCAGCGCUUUAUUAGCUGACAGAGAUAUCCACAGUACCUUAAGGAUAGCGGGAUUGGGCCACAGAGGCUUUGAACUUGGCGAAUUCUACCAGAUCCCGGUAUCAGAUGCUAGUCCUGCGAAUGGUGUGGAUAUGGAAGAUCAUUCUCGAGACACAACGGAUGUAGCCUCAGGCCACCCAGGGCCAGUCAUCGCUAGUCCUCUUCCAAAUACUAUAUCUACUCUUCCCAACCGACAACCUUUUCGGUCUCCGAAUACAUCUGCUCCUGGGCGAGGUUCAAACGCGCCAAAAUCCGCUUUAGGGAAGCGAUCUUGGGAGGAGGCAUCCUCCCCGAAAUCCGCUGCUGCGGACUCUCCGUACGAUUUCACGAUGGUUAUGGACUCUGAUAAUAUAUACGAAACCCUCCCGUCAGGCGAGAGAGUUGUUUGGCGGCGUCGGGUGCGGACGGCCAGCCCGGAAGUGCUCAAGAAAUGGGAAAUUUUCGCGCUUGAUUCUCAGGAUAUGGAGCCUUCUUUCGACUAA